AUGAAGCUUCUCCUGCCAAUCCAGCUGAUAUUAUGCUGGCUGGCUGUCGCCGCCGCCAAGCAGCCCAAUAUCCUAUUCAUCUUGACAGACGACCAAGGCAAAUAUGUCGGAGGCCUGGAACAUAUGCCCAAGCUUCAGGAGCUCCUAGUUCAAAAAGGAACUAGCUAUCCCAAGCACUUCUGCUCCGUCGCGCUCUGCUGCCCAUCGCGCGCAAAUCUCUGGACUGGCCGCAUGCCACAUAACACCAACGUGACCGACGUAAAUCCGCCAUAUGGUGGAUAUCCAAAAGUGGUGGACGCCGGCUGGAACGACAACUACCUGCCCCUAUGGAUGCAGGAUGCCGGGUACAACACGUACUACGUGGGCAAGUUGUGGAACGCACAGACAGAAGAGAACUACAACAAGCCUCACGCCAGAGGGUUCAAUGGGUCCGAAUUUCUGCUGGACCCAUGGACAUACCGCUAUUACCUUGCGCGGAUGACACGCAACGGCGGCCCCCCUGAGAAAUAUGACGGACAGUAUUCAACUGACGUCAUUGCGAGUAAAGCUGAGGGCUUCCUCGACGAAGCACUGCAACAUGACAAGCCGUGGAUGCUGACUGUGGCCCCGAAUGCACCGCAUGCUAACGGCUCAAGCGAAAACGGCGUCAACUGGUUUGGCGAGCCUGAAUAUGCGCAUCGCCAUGCGGAUCUGUUCAAGGAUUACAAAAUCCCGCGAGAUGAAAGCUUCAACAAGCUGAUUGAUGGUGCGGUCAGUUGGGUUGGCAGUAUUCCUGAACUGAACCAGACUGUCGUUGAUUACAUCGACGAGUUCCAGCGUUGCCGGCUCCGUGCUCUGCAGGCCGUCGACGACUUGAUCGAGAAACUGGUCACCAAGCUCGAGAAAGCAGGAGAAUUGGAUAACACCUAUAUCUUCUAUUCGACCGACAAUGGGUAUCACUUGGGUCAGCAUCGUAUGCAGCCAGGCAAGAACUGUGGUUAUGUAGAUACCGAUAUCCACGUCCCUCUGAUCGUCCGGGGACCUGGCAUCCCUGAAAACGAGACACUUGACGUGGUUACCAGCCACACAGAUCUGGCACCGACCUUCCUCUCUAUUGCUGACUCUACCCAACCUGGGUUGGAUGGCAAGAAGAUUCCGACGACUAUCGCGGGCAGCCAAGCACAAAACAAGACUGAGCAUGUUGCUAUUGAGUACUGGGGUCUGGCUGUGCCGGAGGGAGUCUACGGAUAUGCCAGUGAUAAGGACGGUGAUGCUGGUAAUUCCUACAAGAACAACACAUACAAGGGUAUCCGACUGGUCGCAGACGACUACAGUCUCUACUAUUCAGUGUGGUGUACAAACGAGAAAGAGUACUACAACUUGAAGGACGACCCAGCCCAAACGGUUAACCUGGCCGCUCACCCAGCCAAACACAGCCAGUACCGUAUUGCCAGCCGCGAGCUGCCGCAGAUCAUGGAUCGACUUGACGCGCUCAUGAUGGUACUCAAGUCGUGCGAAGGAAACGCCUGCCGGUAUCCAUGGCACCAGCUCCACCCUGGCGGGAAAGUUGACACCCUUGCGAAAGCACUGGAUUCUUCAUAUGACAACUUCUAUGAGAAGCAGCCCAAGGUCACGUUCUCCAAAUGCGAGAUCGGUUAUAUUGUCAAGGAGGAGGGAGCCCAGCGUUUUGAUGUGUAUGGGCACACCGGGAGUGGGAAGAGGGCUUGGGCUUGGGAUGAUGCAUUCUGGGGGUGGUAG